AUGCACUUGUAUGUGUUGUCUGCAGUCGGUUCCCCCUCUCGUACAUCGUUCUCACCUCCGUCUCCAUACACUCCAACCUCUAUCCAUCACAGAGAUAUGAGAAGACACUGUCCAACUAUGACUCCAAACCCUCAUCACAAUUCUCCGAGCUCUACCAAUAUCUUUGCGGCGGCGGGUUUGGACGCGGCGGCCGCCGAACUCCACGACCUGAGCAAUAGAAAUCAGGCCAACAUUAAGCCCGACAUGUCAUCGAUGGCAUACCAUCACCACAUGAUGCAGAGUCGACAACACCAUCCCUCGGAGAUGCAUGAGUUCCUUACAGGGGAUCCCAUGUCUGGUUCGCUGCCGUCGGCGUUAGGCUUAGCGGCUCAGGCAUCAGAUGCCUCCCAUCAUCCGGGGUCGUCGUCCAGCGCUCAAUUGCACGCGCCUUCCGCUCUAUACUCCGCUCACUCGCAUCAUCACAACCCUAUGAAUGUUAAUGGUAUGAUUCCUGGUCUCCAUCAUCAUCCAAGUGCUACACAGUUAACUACUCAUCACAUGCAGAACCCAUUUCAUCAUCAUCCCCACAAUCACGGCCCACACCAUCCCCAUCAUCACAGCUCAUUCGUCGCCAGUUCUCCGCAUCACGUCUCGGCUGAUCCCUCACUACUAGACGCCGAUCCGCGAGAACUCGAGGCGUUUGCCGAGAGAUUCAAACAGAGGCGCAUCAAACUCGGUGUGACUCAAGCGGAUGUCGGCAAAGCUUUGGCCAAUUUGAAACUUCCAGGAGUCGGCUCACUCUCGCAGAGCACUAUUUGCAGGUUUGAAUCGUUGACUCUCUCGCAUAACAAUAUGGUGGCACUGAAGCCAAUACUACAGGCAUGGCUGGAGGCGGCCGAAGCUCAGGCCAGAAAGAACCGGAACAACGGUCGAGACGGCGGCGCAGACCUCUGUGUCCUGCCUUCCAGUGAUAAGAAGCGGAAGCGGACGUCAAUCGCGGCGCCGGAGAAGCGUUCACUCGAAGCGUACUUUUCAGUACAGCCGCGACCGUCGGGCGAAAAGAUCGCCGCAAUCGCCGAGAAGUUAGACCUGAAGAAGAAUGUGGUCAGAGUUUGGUUCUGCAAUCAGCGCCAGAAACAGAAGCGAAUGAAGUACUCGGCGGUGAACGGACCCGGAGGUCAACAACAGUAAGACAUUUACACAGAUUAGAGAGCGAGUGAGAGAAAGAGAGCGACUAAUUAAUGACUUUAAUAUAAAAUACUUUUUAUUAAAUAAUGCAUUAAUUUAUAAAAAUAUAAACGCGUUUCAGAAUUGAAAUGCGGAUAAAAUAGUUGUAAUACAAAACUGACCCGAAAAUAAUGUUUGCC